UAUUUUGUUUUUCUCCUCCUUUUAUUGACCUAAAGGGUUUACUCUUCUAUUCACUUGCUACAAAAUAUCUACAAUCUUGAACCCAUAAGUAUCUCUCUCUUUCUCUCUCUCAUUCAUUGUGUGUGAAAUAUUUGGGGUUUCUGAUCAACUCGCAAAUCAGACUCCGUCGGUUUUGUAUUGAAGGAAGGAUUUGAGCUAUGGGGAAGAGGAAAGCAAAAACAAAGCCACCACCUAAGAAGAGAAUGGACAAGCUUGACACUGUCUUCAGCUGUCCUUUCUGCAACCAUGGCACAAGUGUUGAAUGCAGAAUUGAUAUGAAGAACUUGAUUGGGGAAGCCUCGUGCAGAAUAUGCCAGGAGAGCUUUAGCACCACCGUCACAGCUUUGUCUGAGCCAAUAGACAUAUACAGUGAAUGGAUUGAUGAAUGUGAACGGGUUAACACCCUUGAGGAUGACGGUGCCUAAAAGGAGAACUGAUGCACUGGAAUAACAGCUGUGUAGGAAUAUAUAUUAAAUUUCAAGCCAGCAACUAUCUUGAUGGAAGCAGUGCGCAUCUAUUUCUGCAAGCAGUAUCGUAGUUUUAAGUAGGACCCUAAUGCAUGGGAAUUAAGAGAGAAUAAUUUGUGCAAAACAUCAAGGAAACUGUCUUACAAAUAUGCUAUCCAAAUAUCAAGUAUUCCAAUGUUUUGCUCUGAAAUAUGUAAUUUUUAUAUGCCAAUGUAAUGUGAUUACGUAAUGUAUGAGAGUUUCUGGUUUACUUUUUGUUCUCUUCUUCAAUGCUGAAUUGAGGGAGCUUGCUUUUUGAUGUUCUGUGCCGAAGUUACAGCUAGGCAUUCAGUUGUUUAUACAAUAAAUUGUUGUAGGGUCCUUUUUCAUGUAAA